AACCAGUUAGACGGGCAGUUGGCAUUGCUUUUGGGGCGUUGAUAAGUGCGCACCUCUAGUCACCCACCUCGACGUAUGGUUGUUGUUGCUGUGCGUGCAGUGAAAUAAAAAUAACAUCGCGGGUCUGAAAUAAGAAAAACACUCUCGAUAAGGCAAGGCAACGCAAAACAGUUGCGCCGCACACUUCGGACCGGGCACAACGCCAAUUCACAGCCAAUCCGAUUCGAGCCAAUCGCCGCAGUGAGCUCACUCCGGCGGAAUCCCAGCGCCAUGCCCGAUAACAGCAAUAAAUUUAGCGCCUCCAGCGAUGUCCGCAUUCCGGCCUGGAUCAAUGAGGCCUACUUCAAGCGACUGCUCAAGCGGGAGUUUCGGGAGUUCCGGCGCAUCCUCAACCUCUCGAUCAUCCCAGCCACGCCGCCCGGAGAAACCUACACAUCGCUGCUGAUGCGCAUCGUCAUCGACAUCGAGUUGAAAGAUGGAUUCUCACAGCAAAAGUCGUACAUAGUAAAGACCAUGCUGGACGACGCCCAGGGAAAUGGUGGAUUCGUGAACACACUCAACAUCUUUCCAAAGGAGAAGAUGAUGUACGAAACGAUUAUACCUAAUUUGGAACAGCUCUACGAGGAAGCUGGGCUGAGUGUAAAGUUUGCACCAAAGUGCCACCAUGCGGAGGAUGUCAAAGGAAGGAUCUGCCUGGUUCAGGAGGAUUUGCAAACGAAAAAGUACCGAAAUAUAAAUCGCCUCAAGGGCUUCGACAUGGCCCACAUGCAUCGAGUGCUGGAAAAGCUGGCGGAAUUCCAUGCAGCAGGUGCCGUUUGGCGUCAGCGAAAAGGACCGUUUCCCGAUGAUUUUCAGAGGAUUUACCUACCCGCCAACUAUCAGAAAUCGAAAUCGUAUCAGGCGAGGCUCCAGAGCUAUAAAACUGCAAUAGCCAGUUGGGGUCUGGCUGAUCACGAACAGUAUGUGAGUCGCAUUCCCACGGCCGUCCAAUUUGUUCAAUCCUACGCCCGCUGCUUUAACAACAAUCCGCAGGAGUUUAAAGUUCUAAAUCACGGUGAUUUUUGGUCCAGCAACAUAAUGCUAAGCUAUACUCAAACUGGUGAUAUCAACCAGGUGCGUUUCGUGGACUUUCAACUGUGCAAGUGGGGUAGUCCUGCUCAGGAUCUUUGGGAACUCAUCAUAUGUUCGGCACGGCAUAGUAUUCGAAUACAAUACUUUGACUACUUCAUCAGGAUAUACCACACACACCUAGUGCGCUGCCUAAAGAUCCUGAAAUACGGCGGACGAAUGCCAAUGCUAAGGGAGCUGCAUAUGAGCAUGAUCAAGUAUGGAUUUUGGGGUUACUUUACCACCUUUACGCACCUUGUGUUCAUUCUGCUGCCACCGGAUACGGAAGCUAGCUUGGUGAAGCUUACGCACCCGGGAGAGGAAGGAGAUCGCUUCCGGUCCAAGGUGUACACAAAUCCACUCUACGUCCGCUCUGCUCUCAGCAUAUUCCCCUUUCUAAUUAGGCGUGGUAUUCUAGACUUUUGAAGCUGUUCAAGUCAUUAACUAUUAUAUGAACUUUUAUUAAAGACUAAAAAUGUAAUUAUACUUGUAGAUUUAUAUAUAUAUAUUUUUUACAAACUUAA